AUCUCUUAUAGACGUUUGGUAUCAGGCUAUAAAUAGGGAGAGGUUACAGAGUCAUCCAUGCAAGUCCAUAGUCAGAGAAAGUGAGGCUUUUAUUUGAUUCUAAAAAUGAGACGUGCUCUUGCUUUGCUUCCUCUUCUCUUCCUGUUUGUAGCGAUUGGGGAAUCAAGAAAAGAUGGAGGAAAAUAUUGGAAAAUGAACACGAGAGAUCAUCAGAUGCCGAAAAAAAUUAAGGCUCUCCUCAACCAAAACUUUGAGAUCCAAUCUGAAAAGAUUCUCAAAACCAAGGAACAAAUUCUUGAAGGUUCUAAACAUGAUUGCGAAAAAUCUCUCGUUAAGAAUACUCACACCACCAUAUUAGAAGAUUUUGAACCAAUAUCAAGUGUUCCAAUUUACAGAAAUGAUGACAUUUAUGCUAAGGAAGAAAAUAAAGUUGUAAAAAACUUUGAACCAAGACCUAAUGUUUCAGCUUAUGGUGACAAUGAUGUUGAUGCUAAGCCAAAGAAAAAUGUCAUCAAAGACUUUGAACCAAGACCCAAUGUUUCAGCUUAUGGUGACAAUGAUGUUGAUGCUAAGCCAAAGAAAAAUGUCAUGAAAGAUUUUGAACCAAGACCCAAUGUUUCAGCUUAUGGUGGCAAUGAUGUUGAUGCUAAGCCAAAGAAAAAUGUCAUGAAAGAUUUUGAACCAAGACCCAAUGUUUCAGCUUAUGGUGGCAAUGAUGUUGAUGCUAAGCCAAAGAAAAGUGUCACGAAAGAUUUUGAACCAAGACCCAAUGUUUCAUCUUACAAUGACAAUGACAUUGAAGCAGUGGAAGAAAAGAAAAUCAUGAAAGAUUUUGAGCCAAUACCUAAAGUUUCAACUUAUGGUGAUGAUGAUGUUAAUACAAAGGAAAAGAAAAAAGUCAUGAAAGAUUUUAAACCAAGACCUAACGUUUCAGCUUAUGGUGACAAUAAUGUUAGUGCAAAAGAAAAGAAAAAAGUCAUGAAAGAUUUUGAACCAAGACCUAACGUUUCAGCUUAUGGUGACAAUAAUGUUGGUGCAGAGAAAAAGAAAAAAAUCAUGAAAGAUUUUGAACCAAGACCUAAUGUUUCAGCUUAUGGUGGCAACAAUGUUGAUAAAGAGGCAAAAAAGAAAGUCACAAAAGAUUUUGAAUCAAGACCUAACAUUUCAGCUUAUGGUAACAAUGGUGUUGAUGCAAAGAAAAAAAAGAAAGUUGUGGAAGAUUUUAUACCAAGACCUAAUAUUUCAGCUUAUGACAAUGACAACAUUGAUGCUCAGGGAAAGCCUCCAGAGGAUUUUGAGCCUAGGCCAAAUGUCUCUACUUAUGAUGAAUAGUUUAAGUGAAUGUCAUCUCAAUCAAUAGUGUGACUUAUCAAUAAAGUUUGUGUGUUAUGCAUCAAAUGAAUAAUAUGAAAAUGGUAUGUUUACCUUUUUUUUUGGAACUAUAUAAUAUAACUAGUUGGAAUA